GUCUCUAUAAAGUCUUUUCAAAUCACAAUCCGGUGAUAAAAUCUUGCUUCGCAUUCCAAAAGAUGAAAGCAGUCGGGGCAUGGACUGCACCACGAUUUCGGCUAUCUCCACUCACAUAGUCGGGGUCGUAAUAUGAAGCGGGAAUGCCAACGAACUAAAACUACAAGGUGGAUUUUCCGAUGUAUACAACUUUAGGGUCAGAAAUGAUAAUAGCAUCAAACUUUGGGGUGCAAAUUGAAAUUUCUGGAAAUAGUGACAACGCCUACACCGACUUUUGAGGGACGGCGGGGGCCGUAUGUUUCUCUGUCUGUCUCAGUCGCACCUAACCCGUUGAGCCGCCCAUAGUAUCUAUUGCCAUCGGUGCCGGUAAGAGUUCUCUUCCACCUCGCUCUCCAUCCUGGUCGGAGUCAUGGCGGUUCAGUGGGGCAAUACGCUUUGGACGGCGAAGAUGGUCUGGUUGGCCGUAAUAGGAUGGGUCUCCUCGUGUCUGACCGUAGCCGAUGACAUCGCAGCCUCCCUCCGUUCCGGCGAUAUCGGGCCUUUCCAUGUCGGCUGAGGGAUCAGAUUUGAACGAAAAAGGUCACGGCUUCUUGCAAAAUGGCUCGUGUUGAAGCAAAGAUGUGGAGAACCAGUUGCUACCAGUUCAACACAAUCCUUCUGCAGCCAUCUUCUGAGAAAAUAUGUUUCUUCUUGCAGCACAAACAAUUCAAACAGAAGGAAGCUUGUCAUAAACAAAUGCCAAGGCUGAAGUUCUUGGUGAACUGCUUGAUGGCUUCAAGAUAUGCGGAUGCGCAUAACUUGCUGGUGCAAAUUUGCUAGUUCUGCCUGAGAGGUGACAACUGCUCUCAUUUCUGCUGCACCUCGAUGGAUGUAGAGUUACUUGAACUGUAGAAGGUUUCCACUUUGCUGGAACAUCUUCCUGAGGCCGUGACUGGCAUCGCUCUGCAAGUAUUUGCCUUUUGUGAAAACACAUUCAGAAGUUUGAGCUGUAAUUUUUGUAGAAUGAGCCUGAGCUCCAUUUGCUGUCUUCAAGCUCGAUGAAUACUUUGGGUAUUGUUGGGAAAUCUCAGUCUACAAACUCGAGAACAUUUUUUGAUGUUUGUUCUGUUAUUCAUCGUUUCUUUCAUGUGUUUCUUCUUUCAAUAAUAACACUGGAGCAUCGAUGCCAUAGAGAGGCCAUCUAUCACAGUGGGCUAACUAAAUGCACGACUUUCUCAUGGCCUGUGAGUGACAUGAAUGCAAGGCGUAAUAACAACCGAAUGAGCAGCAUACACUUUCCGGUUUUGUUAGUCACCCUGUGAAGCAACAUACCAAUAUAUCUCCCACAGAUAAGAUUUCAUAUGUUUGAUACAAUGAAGAAUCUAAAUCUGCCUCAACAAUCGUAUUGCUCGAUGAUUAUGUAUACCGUCACAAUCUUUGUGAGAAAUGUGGCAUUUGUGUCGGCCUGCUCCGGCCGGGUUAAUCGGGAAGCUUUGAUUGGUUUGUAGGGUACUAUUUGCUACCCCCCAUGUAUGUCACACUAUUAUAUUGUUUAGGCAUGCAACGGUGCCUCUGAUAAUGUGGAGGAAGUACGAAUAUUAACUGCUCUAAGCUGCGGAGGUCAACGGCUUCUCAAAAUUCUGCCCGCUGUAUGCCUCUCGUUCUCACUUCUUAUGGCGGUUGGCGACAUGAACGCCGACUUGGAAAAGGCGGGAACCUUGAAGCUAGAUUCUUCACUGAACGGUCAUUGCUAUGCCCAGUUUUCAGCUUAGUAGUGAAGGUUCCUUCUAGCUCGUUGAUUUCUCACUGCAUCAGAAGAGAAGACCUCCAGGAUUGAGAUGUUAGCUCUGUUGAGAUUGUCCCAGAAUGUGAGGAGGGCGACCAAGACGGUUAACCCGGUACAGUUCACUCUCAGACGUAUGUACCGAUCUGCAAGCAAGAGGAUUCUGAUGGCUGAUAGGGACUAUAGUCUUGAUUCGAACGUUGCUCGCUGCAACUCGCGGAUAACAGAGUUGAGCAGAGAAGGGAGGAUUCUGGAAGCACGUAAGGUGUUUGAUGACAUGCCUGAGAGAGACGUGGUCACCUGGACGACUGUUAUAUCGGGGUACAUCAAGUGUGGGAUGAUCGCUGAGGCGAGAGAGCUAUUUGACAGGGUAGAAGUUAGAAGGAAUGUUGUGACUUGGACAGCUUUGCUAGGUGGGUACGUGAAGUUGGGUGAGAUUAGUGAGGCGGAGAGGCUGUUCAAGAAGAUGCCGCAUAAAAAUGUGAUAUCUUGGAACACAAUGAUCGAUGGGUAUGCUCAGAAUGGGCAAAUUGAUUUAGCACUGGAGUUGUUUCAGAAAAUGCCUGAGAAGAACGUGGUUUCAUGGAAUACGGUCCUUGCGGCCUUGGCCCAGUGUGGGAGGAUUGAUGAGGCAAGGAGGGUGUUUGAUGAGAUGCCCAGAAGGGAUGUGAUCUCUUGGACUGCAAUGAUCACAGGUUUGUCGCGAAAUGGUAUGGUUGAUGAGGCUCGGAACCUCUUCUAUGGGAUGCCCGAGCGGAAUACAGUGUCUUGGAAUGCUAUGAUCACUGGGUACGCACAGAAUGGGAGGGUGGAUGAAGCUUUUGAUUUAUUUGAAAGGAUGCCCGAGAGAGAUCUGCCCUCAUGGAAUACAAUGAUUACUGGAUUCAUUCAGAACCAUGAUAUGGAGAGAGCACAGAAACUGUUUGAUGAGAUGCCGCGGAGAAAUGUCGUGUCUUGGACUACCAUGAUCUCGGGAUACGUACAGGAUGGGCAGCAUGAGGAAGCCCUAAAGGUAUUUGCAAAGAUGCUAAGGGAAGAUGGGGUGAAGCCCAAUCAGUCAACCUUUGUUAGUGUUUUGGGCGCUUGCAGUGACUCGGCCGGUCUCUGUGAAGGACAGCAAAUUCAUCAGGUUAUUAGUAAAACAACCUAUCAGGACACUGCAUUUGUGGUAUCAGCCCUCAUAAACAUGUACUCAAAAUGUGGAGAGUUGGGAACCGCGAGAAAGAUGUUCGAUGAUGGGUCGUCGAGCCAAAGGGAUUUGGUGUCUUGGAAUGGUAUAAUUGCAGCUUAUGCCCACCACGGGUGUGGGAAAGAAGCGAUAAGAUUGUUCAACGAAAUGGUCAAGCUAGGACUUAAGCCUAAUGACGUCACAUAUGUUGGGUUACUCUCUGCUUGUAGUCAUGCGGGUUUAGUGGAGGAGGGGUUGAAGUACUUUGAUGAGCUGAUGAGGGAUGGGUCGAUACAAAUCAGGGAAGACCACUAUGCGUGUUUGGUUGAUCUCUGUGGACGGGCAGGCCGGCUCCAGGAAGCUUUUGAUUUGAUCAAACGGCUGCAGACUAAGGCAUCAGGGGCUGUUUGGGGUGCCCUCCUUGCAGGCUGCAACCUUCAUGGGAAUUCAGAAAUCGGGAAAUUGGCUGCAGAGAGGCUCUUAGAGGUGGAGCCCGAGAACCCUGGGACCUACCUGCUGCUAUCAAAUAUUUACGCUUUAACUGGGAAGUGGAGGGAGGCCGCGGUAGUGAGGUCGAGAAUGAAGGAUGAUGGGCUGAAGAAGCAGCCGGGGUGCAGCUGGAUUGAAAUCGGGAAUCAGUUUCACGUGUUCAUAGUUGGGGACAAGUCCCAUUGUCAAAAUGAGACAGGUUGCAUGUGGGUGAGGAUGAGGGGAAAGAGCAUCAACUUUCCCCUUUCAAGAGGGUGCAAUCGUUGCAUUGGUGGUCCUCUCACUUGUCCUCUUCACCUGUCCAUUUGAUGCAUCCAUCUUUGAUAAAAUCUUCACAUUACUUUUUUUUUUUUCAUCUUGUUCCUCUCAUUUGAUCCUGAUAAAAGAUUCAGUAAUAGUUAGAAAAGAGCCACUAAACCUUUGCAAGUCCCUAAAGGCGUACAUUUUAAAUUCAUAAUGUUCGGUGGAUAUACUGAUCACCAUGUCAAACGGGCUGAUGCUCACGCAUUUUGCGGGAUGAAGGUAUGAUCGAGACUCAAUUCUUCAUGGUAAUUUACUCGUAAAUUUGUGUGUGUUUUUUUUCCUCCAGCUGAAAUGGCCUAUUUCAAUUGCAAGUAAGCAUAGGGGGAUUUUAUUAUUAUUAUUAUUAAGAUUUGCAUUUAUAACCAAUACCUACUCUUUAUUCCUGUCAUUACUGAACUUGGGGCCCCUUUGAUUUAUUUUCCUGUGCCUGAGAAACCACAGAAAAAAGAAGAGCCAAAAUAAAAAAAGAGUGUAGCGCGAUGGCGCACGCUCUAGAGGUUACAUGUUCGAUA